AUGGUGAACUCAUCAUUCUCGACGCCAAUUAUCAUCGGCGUAGGCGAAAUCCGUCAAAAAGACUUCGCGCUCGAACAUUGCCUUGAACCAGCUGCGCUCAUGCUAUCAGCGAUCCGCGACGCGUCAAGGGACUCUACAAUUGAUGUCACAAAGCAUAUACAGAGCAUCUAUGCUGUGCCUCCUUGGUCCUGGAACUACGAGAACCUGCCGAAACUUCUGGCGGAAGGACUUGGUGGUCAGGCGACCGACCUUGCAGUUGCUGAUCAUGGAGGAAACACGCCUGCGGCGCUUUGUGACUCAGCGGCUUUGAAGGUUGCGAGAGGAGAGACAAAUAUGGCUGUUGUCACAGGAGGAGAAGCGUUAGCCUCGUUAUUUGCCUGUCAAAAGGCUGGACAUAUGCCUCCGCCAGGAUGGACUGAUGGGAAUCCCAACGCCAAGCAAUAUAGUCCAGGAGACACUUCUCUCAUGAAAGGAGCUGGCGCCACGCACUCCAUUGGUAAUCCGAUCCAAGUGUACCCUCUAUACGAAAACGCAUACCGCAGACAUUAUGAGCAAACUUACUCAGAGAAUCACCAUGAGUCGGCAGCACUCUACGCUAAGUUUGACAAGGUCGCGUGUCGACAUCCGAAUAGCUGGAGGGCAGGCGAAACCCCCCGACAUAUCGACGCCAUCAAGACCGUAGGCAAGGAAAACAGAAUGAUAUGCACACCCUAUCCAUUGUUAAUGAAUGCAUUCAAUGGUGUCAACCUAGGUGCUGCGUGCAUCAUCACUUCAACCGAGUAUGCUAGGAACCUCGGAAUACCGCAAGAGAAAUGGGUUUAUCUCACUGGUGGAGCUGGUUCAAACGACAGUUCAGAUUUUUGGGAACGAUCGAACUUUUACUCAAGCCCUGCCAUUGAAUAUUCUAUCGACAAGGCACUCAAAGCCGCCGGCCUCACAAAAGAUGAGAUUGACUGCUACGACUUCUACUCGUGUUUUCCUAUCGUACCCAAGAUCGCAUGCAAACAUGUUGACAUCGACUUGAUGGAACCAAAGAAGCCUAUCACCCUCAUUGGAGGACUGACUUCUUUCGGCGGCGCGGGCAACAACUAUUCACUUCACGCUAUUGCUGAGAUGGCUAGGGUUAUACGUCACGGCAAGUAUCAGAACGGUCUAGUCCUUGCCAACGGCGGCGUUCUAUCUUGGCAGCACGCAAUCUGCCUCUCUGCCCAGCCAAAAAGAGACGGUUCGCCCUACGAGAGCUCAACAUUCCUUGACAACGGUCAACUGUCACAAGGUCCAGAAUUUACUGCCAAGGCAGAGGGCGAAGCUAUCAUCGAGACAUACACUGUGGACCAUGAUCGAAGCGGGCCAAAGUUAGGCCAUGUCGUGGGAAAGCUUACCGAGACUGGGCAGAGGUUCAUCGCAAACCAUGCCGAUGAGUUUACUUUGUCGACCCUUGUCAGCACCACGACGGAGCCGAUUGGUAUGAAGGGCUUUGUUGAGGUUGGAUCGGAUGGCAGGAAUCUCUUCACGAUUCAACCAAGUGUUAAGCUCUAG